AUGGACAUCGCUACAUACUCCCUUAGCGUUCUUACGCUUGGCUUCUGCUCUCUGGUGGUACACACGGCUAAUGGAGAUGUGAACUAUUCUUUCCCAGAGGAGAUGAAACGCGGAUCUGUGAUUGGAAAUAUAGCCAGAGAUCUCGGACUUGAUGUGAGCAGUCUAUCAGUUCGUAAGGCUCGUAUUGAUACCGAGGGAAACGAUAAAUGUUAUUGCGACAUAAACCUUACUACUGGAGAGCUGACUAUAGCUGAAAGAAUGGACAGAGAGGGACUUUGUGGGAAGAAGGCUUUAUGUGUAGUAAAAUGUGAGUUAGUAAUGGAAAACCCGUUGGAACUUCAUCGGCUGAACCUCCUGGUUGAGGACAUAAAUGACAAUUCACCUCAAUUUAAGAAGGAUAUUAUUAAACUUGAGAUCGGGGAGAAUGCAGCGAAAGGUACUAAAUUCCCCUUAGAUGAGGCCACCGAUGCAGAUGUUGGACAAAAUUCGAUUCAACACUAUGCACUGAAGGAGAAUGGACAUUUUGUCUUGAUAGUUCAAUCGAAUGCGUUUGGAGCGAAAUACGCCGAGUUAGUGUUAGAUAAAGAGCUUGAUCGUGAACAGCAGCAGAAGGUGACGUUAAUUCUCACUGCUGCAGACGGCGGGACCCCACAGAGAUCAGGUACUGUAGCCAUACACAUCACUGUGCAGGAUGCUAAUGACAAUGCCCCAAUAUUUACUCAGGCACUCUAUGAAGUCAGACUACCCGAAAACUCUCCCUUAGGUGCUGUAGUGGUUAAAGUGAGCGCUACCGACGCUGAUGACGGCGCAAAUGGCGAAGUAACAUAUGAAUUUGGUAAUAUAUCUGAGGAAAAAAUGAAAAUAUUCUCUCUUGAUUGUCAAACCGGAGAAGUUAGAGUAACUGGUCCAGUUGAUUUUGAAUAUGAAUCUACAUACGAACUUCGUAUCCAAGCGAAGGAUGGAGCAGGAUUGACAUCUUACGCAACUCUAAUUAUCGAGAUCACAGAUGUUAAUGAUAACGCCCCUGUGAUAGAUGUGAAAUCUCUGAACAGUCCAGUAUCUGAGGAUGCCUUGCCUGGUAAAGAGGUAGGCAUCAUAACUAUGCAGGAUCGAGACUCUGGGAACAACGGACGUGUCCGCUGCUAUGUUCAGCAAAAUGUUCCUUUUAAACUCGUACCGUCCAUCAAAAAUUACUAUUCUUUGGUGACUACAGCAGAAUUAGACCGUGAGGUAGUGUCUGAUUACAACAUUACAAUCACUGCCACUGACGAAGGGUUUCCACCUUUGUCUUCGUCCAAACAUAUACAGUUAUCAAUAGCCGAUAUAAACGAUAAUCCGCCUGCAUUUGAGAAACAGUCUUAUAGUUCUCGCGUGACUGAAAAUAAUAAACUAGGUUCCUCUCUUUGUUCUGUGAUAGCCACAGAUCCGGACUGGAGACAAAACGGCACUGUGUUUUACUCUCUGUCACCGGGAGAGGUUAAUGGACAGCCCGUAUCCUCUUUUAUAUCUAUUAAUGGCGACACUGGAGUUAUCCAUGCCGUGAGGUCAUUUGAUUAUGAGCAGUUCAAAAGUUUUCAAGUGCUGAUUUUAGCCAGGGAUAGUGGCUCUCCUCCCCUUAGCAGUAACGCGACCGUGACCGUCUUCAUAAUAGAUGAGAACGAUAACUCCCCCCAGAUAUUAUACCCCUCACUGGAAGCAAACUCCUACAUGACUGAGAUGGUGCCCAGAGCAGCACACGGGGGCUCUGUGGUCUCCAAAGUCGUAGCCGUGGAUGCAGACUCUGGACAGAACGCAUGGCUCUCCUAUCACAUUGUUAAAGCAUCUGAUGCAGGACUUUUCACUAUUGGUGUCCACAGUGGAGAGAUCAGAACCCAGCGGGAUAUUUCUGAAUCCGAUAACAUGAGACACAACCUUGUUGUCUCCGUUAGGGAUAACGGACAGCCCUCUCUGACUGCGACAUGUACCAUGUAUUUACUGAUUGCAGACAACUUGGCUGAGGUUCCAGAACUGAAAGACAUAUCUUAUGACAAACACAGCUCCAGGGUUACCACAUAUCUGAUCAUUGCGCUGGUGUCAGUUUCCACCUUCUUCCUUACUUUCAUCAUCGUCAUUCUGGCCGUGAGGUUUUGCCGCAGGAGAAAUCCUACACUUAUGUUUGAUGGUGCCGUUGCCAUUCCCAGCUCAUAUCUCCCUCCAAAUUACGCAGAGAUGGAUGGUGGGACUCUCCACAGUGCUUAUAAUUAUGACACAUACCUAACCACCGGCUCGCGCACCAGUGACUUCAAGUUUGUGACGUCAUAUAAGGAUGGCACGCUGCCUGCUGAACCGUACUUGAAAAAAGUUUUAUCCGCUGGUAACGUGUUCGGGGACCUUGGUGGGGAGUCUGCGGAUUCAUUUCAGGUAGGCUAUUACUCUUAG